AUGGCGUCAAAAAGCGGCUGGACCGAGUCUACGGACAACCUCGCUCAUGUGCAGAGGGUCGAAUCCCCAGAAGCCCUGGUGGUGGGAUCGUCAAAACUCUUCGAUGGAAACAACAUUCGCUUUGUGCCGAUGCCCACACCGGACCCCAAGGUCGGCUCACUGGCCCUCGCCGCCGAGUUCAUUGUCGGCGCCUUGGUGCCCGUGUUUGUGCUGGAGUACUCCGGCAUCGACCCUCACAUCCUGAGCCAGAUCGACAUUUCGGCUUUGAACAAGCCCGGUGAGGUCAACUUGGACCCCGUCAAGAUCCUUGCUGGUCUCGGUGGCCCGCCACUGUACCAGGUGGCGCUUCUGGCGUCCGUCCCGCUCCUGGUCAACGGCCUCAGUUCUUACCUGCUUGUGCCGCUUUCGAUCGCCAUCGGCCGCCGCCCCGUCCUUCUGCUCUCCGGCUUUCUUGCAUGGACCGGUGGUCUCUGGGCCGGUUUCUCUCAAGGCCUUGGUAGUCAUCUGGCUGCCCGCUGCUUCCAAGGUUUCGGUGCAGGUGCCGUUGAGGCUCUGAUUCCCCUCAUUAUCCAGGACAUGAUGUUCAUCCACCAGCGCAACAAGGCCAUCUCCUCUGUUGGUGCCUCUCAGGGUCUCCUCAUUGUGAGUUUGGGUAUCAUGAGUCCCAUCAUCGUUUCUCGUCUCUCCUGGCGCUUCAUCUACUGGAUCACCUCCGGUGUUGGUGUGCUCGCCUGGAUCGCCCUCAUCCUGUUCGUCCCCGAGACUCGCUGGAUCCGCAGCGACGAUGAGCUUGCCGGCAAGGAGGUCUACCCUCUCCGUCCUGGUGAAAACCGCCCUCGCGUCGAUGAGGUGGCCUUCCGCCCUCGCUCCAACUGGGACGAGUUCGGCCUCUUCAACUACGGCUACGAAUGGAAGGAGGCGAAGCAGUCCACCAUUGACAUGGUCAAGACAACGUUCUUCCCCAACAUCAUCUGGGUCAUCCUCAUCAACUCCAUCCUUGUCUCCAUGCAGGGUGCUGCUGGCCAGGUUGGCUCCUCGCUCCUCAUCGCCGCCGGCUGGAAGUUCGAGACGCUCGGUUUCGCCGUCAUCCCCAUCGUCAUCGCCAGUCCCUUUGUUUGGUUCUUCGGCGGUUAUGUCGCAGACUGGAUUUCCAACUUCCUUGCCAAGCGCAACGGUGGUCAGCGCGAACCCGAGGCCCAUCUCGUCAGUCUGGUGUUCCCGCUCCUGGCUUCCAUUGCCGGCCCGAUUUUGUUCGGUUACGCUGGAGAGCACAUCCGGGAGCUCCCGUCGAUUGUUGUGCUGGUGUCCAUCUUCUUCAUCGGCUUCGGUCUGUUGACGGCCAACACCAUCUUCGCCGUCUACUUGGUUGAAAGUUAUCCCCGAUAUGCCGGGUAUGUGUUCCGCAUUUUCCGUGACGCCCUGUUCUGUUCUGUUGCUAAUGUUGUAAUCAGUCCUGUGCUUGUCAACGUCUCCUCGUCCCGCCUCAUCAUCGGUUUCAUCAUGUCCUUCAACGUCACCACCUGGAUCGAGCAGCUCGGCUUCCUUAAGAACUUUGGUAUCUACAGCGCCGCCCUGGCCGGAAUCUCCAUGCUCCUGCCAGUCAUGUACAUUUACGGCAAGCCGAUGCGUGCCUGGACCGCCGGCCGCCUCGAGCCGAGCGUCAAGCCGGCCAAGGUUCUCGACGACGAUGACCAGUACUGGAACAACGGCGACCGUCCGGGCCAGUGGCAGGACGAGAAGAUGGGCACCCCUAUUGGAGUGGCCCGGCCGAUGUAA